AGGAAGUGCGGCCAUCCUCUGAUUCAACCCUGAGCUCAGAUCAGCCCGCAGGAGCAGACAUGGACACAUCUGCACGCGCAGAGCUGAGGCUGGUGGUGCUGGGCCGGACAGGAGCAGGAAAAAGAUCAGCAGUCUGCACCAUCCUGGGCCUGCAAGACCACGACCAGGGCACAGAUGACGCAGAGGAGUGCAGUAAACACAGCGGGGAGGCUGCAGGCAGGAAGUUGGUGGUCGUCUCCAGUCCGGCCUGGUUCAGCUCAGACUGCGCCCCCGAGGACAGGAAGAGACACAUAUCGUCCUUCAUCGCCUUAUCCAGCCCCGGACCUCACGCCUUCCUGCUGUGUGUCCCUGUGAACCAGCCGGCCGACGGCGAGGAAAAAGCGCUGGACGUCCUGACGGAGCUGUUCGGCGCCUCCGCCCUCAGCAGUAACACCAUCAUCCUCUUCACCCACACCGAGGAGCUGGAGGAGGACGAGCAGCUGGAGGAGUACCUCAUCUCGUGGCGCAAGGACCUCCUGAAGCUGGUGGAGAGAUGUGGCGACCGCUAUCACACCCUGGAGACCCGCGGAGGAGAACCAGACGAGGGGAAGGCUUUGGAGGAGCUGCUGGAGAAGGUGGAGGAGGCGGUGAGAGAGAGCGGGACGCAACACUUCAGCUGCCCUCUGUACCAGGAGGCGGAGGGGAGAGUCAGGGAGCGGCAGGAGGAGAUCCUGAGACAGAGGAGACGACAGGACCAGGUGACUCCCUCGGACUCAAAACCAGAGGAGGACAUCACAGAAGAAGACAUGGAGGAGGUCCGGGAUGAGGCAGAGAGGAGCGUCGGGGACUUGGACGUGGAUGUGGAUAGUAGUUUCCCCUCUGCUGCUGUCUCACCCUCCUCCCCCUCUUCCUCGCUCCUCUGGGGCUUGUGGGAGAAGCUGACCGGCUGGAUGAAGUGGCUGCCCAGAGUGGUGAGACGGGAGGCGCUGCUGGGAGCACUGGUCGGCCUGUUUGUCGGAGGGCCGUUUGGAGGUAUUAUGGGGGCCACUGUGGGAUCAGUGGCGACCGAGGUGGGGAGGAGAAAAACGCAGAAAACCAAAUAAGAGGUAAUCUCAUCUUUUAUCUAUUAAGUCGCACCUUAAAGUCACCUCUAAGUGUUCGUCAAGUCACUGUAUCACUGAGCUUUCAGCUAACAGCCAGCGCCUGUUAAAGUCGUGUUAAUGCUUCACCUCUGAGCACCAGUAUUCACUGUCUAUGGUCGAGUUUCCACUGUGGGAACUCUGGGAAAACCCAGGAGGCGGGAACAUUUACAGGAACCACCUGUAGUCGGUCCACUCGGACUUUGUGUCUCUACUGCAGUUUAGUUUAGGACCUACUGGACUCCCGAGUUUAUGUAAUCAUUGUUCUUCUUCUGUCAAGACUUUAGACUGUUUAUAAAGAUGGACAACGCGUCCCCACGUACCCCCGCUAUGCUGAAGCAGCUAAAAUAUCGGAGAUUCAGGGAGUUCCCGCCAAAAAACCCGUCUGACCAAUUGCAAGCAGUUGAAUUGAAUGCGAGCGCGUGGAUUGGCUAUCACAGCUGUCAAUCAUGGCAAAAAAUCAGCUUGUUGUAUCAUUUAAUAUCUCAUUAAAACCGGAUUUAUCAUAAAAACGAUCACUUGAACAAACAGAGUGACGAGAACUACCUUUAGUGACAAAAACAUCUUUGGGAAAAAUUUAUUUGGCGUGUAUUUUGAGUUUUUAGUUUGGGCCAUUCACGAACUUUAUGACCUAUACUGCAGUAAGACACUAGGGGGCGAUACAGAUGAGAAGUUACACUUUGGCUGAGCUGUCAUGUUGUCCAGCUUUAUAUAUAGUUUAUGGUUAAACCUAGGAGGCUCGAACAGAUCCUAGAAAGGUCUCUGCGUACAGUUACUGGGCUGCUGACCGGCCCCUGACCUCCUGUUAUUUUGCAAAAGUGGCCCCCAGGCAAUGCGAGUUGAGUAUCCGUUAUCAAUUGUCAAUAAAUUAUGCUUCAUAGAUCAGAAGUAAUCCAUUACAAAGAACAAUGUUUGGGUUGCCAAGUUAGAAAAAUACCUUUGGCUUGUGUUUAUCUUCCUGUAGUAUAACGUGCUCUUUUCUUUUUAAUAAGCUUAGUUAUUCAUCUUUCUAGCUCAACAUACUCAGUUAUUUAAAUUAUAAAUGAAUAAUAUAAAUAUGAAUAAGGAUUUAGUUAUCUUUCACUACAGUACUCCAUUAAGUCUGCAGAUGUGAUUGUUUUUAAUCCUGAAAUAACAGAUUUGGCCACUUCAGGGCAGAAGAAACAAUGACCAUAAUAGCUGAGGAUAGUUCACCGCAAAAUGAAAAUUCACUCAUUAUCUACUCACCUUCAUACCGAUGGAAAGUGGAGUGAAGUUUUAUAGUCCGCAACACACCGAUGUAUUACGGGGAGAAGGCGUUGUACUCAUCUCCCAAACAACAGAAGCAAAUGGUGACCAGGAUUCAAACG